AGAAAAAGGAAAAAAUAUCUCUCCGUUAUUCUCUCUCCUUUCCUUCUCGAAUCUCAACCUCAGCUUAGAUCAGAACCAAAAAAAACACGAACGAAACAGGUAAAAACAAGAUCUCUCCUUCUCUCUCUGUCUUCUCGUUCCUCUCUCUCGACAGCCAGAAUCACCGAUUUUAGGUGUGAAAUAUGGCGGGAAAAGGAGGAAAAGGGCUUUUGGCGGGAAAGACUACUGCCGCUAACAAAGACAAAGACAAGAAGAGACCAGUAUCUAGGUCAUCUCGUGCUGGACUGCAGUUCCCCGUUGGACGUAUUCAUCGACACCUUAAAACUAGGAUUGCUGCCAAUGGGCGUGUGGGUGCAACAGCUGCAAUUUACACUGCAGCUAUCCUUGAAUACUUGACUGCAGAAGUACUAGAGCUUGCUGGAAAUGCUAGUAAAGAUUUGAAGGUCAAACGUAUAACCCCAAGACAUCUUCAAUUAGCUAUUAGAGGUGAUGAGGAGCUGGAUACACUGAUAAAGGGAACAAUUGCUGGUGGUGGUGUUAUCCCACAUAUCCACAAAUCUCUCAUUAACAAGUCCUCCAAGGAGUAAGAAGAAGUUGUUGCCAUGGCGGGGUUUCUCUCAAAUUCUUUUCUUCUUCUUUCGGCUUCAGCACACCUUUUUGGGAGUGUUUUAAUUAGUCUAUGGAACCUUUAGCAUAGUGGGGUCCGUUUCUGCUUUCACUCUUUCCUAUUUGUGUAGUUAUGUUGAUCUUAGAAAAGUUUGGUGGGUAAGAUUUAGUCCUUGUUUAUGUUUUACUACUUCUAAAGCUGGCUGGAUGGAUGUAAUUUUAAUUUGCUUAAUCACUGUGGUACGUUUAGAGGGAUUAUCAGUACAAUAUGAUUGGAGUCGAUCAAAAAAUCAUAUCAUCGACCUAUGUCUAUGUGUUGAGUAACUUUAAUGGAUAAGAUUUCUGUAGUACAAGUCA